AUGCACGUGGAGAGCAGAGAUGGUGGGCCUGCCCCCUCCAGGCUGGCCAUGGACCUGCUCCAGACUGCUGCCCCUCACGCGGGACCCCGGUUGCAGCUCUCUGGGGGCAGUGUGGACAGGCCGAGCAGCUGGGGCACUGUGGCCCAGGACCUGGACUUGCUUCUCACAGAGCAAAGGGGUCACUCUCCUUUCCCCCAGUUCUUCGUCUCGGCACCGACAGACCCCUGCCUCACAGAAAACAUCCCUUUGCUGAGGGAUUCCCUGCAAGAGAAAAGGUCCCAGAGCCUCCCCCUCUGCCACCCGGAGCUCGUAGCCGCUGCUGGUGACUCCUGGGAAACCUGUUCUGGGAAGGGCGAGCUUUUGCAGGGCGCGCACAGUGGAUCACGGCGCUCCAAGCUGAGGUGCUGUGUGCAGCGGCUCCGGGUGGUCAGCUUAUUUGUCUUCGUGGCUGCGUGCUCUGUAUUAUUCAGCCUGUAUCCAGAUCAAGAGAAGUUCUGGGAGCUGGUGGCUGUGUCUCCAGUGGGGAGCUACUCUGUCAACCUCAGCGGCCACAGAGACACAGCACUGCUGCAGGUGGCCCUGGAUGGAGCCCUGGUGGCCGGGGGGUCCUCGAGGGAUGAGCACGUGGUGGUGGAGGUGACUUGGAGCGACGCUCCUGGCUCCCGGCGGCGACAGCCCCAGCAGGCCUCCCGCAACUGGACGGUGUUCGUGAACCCGAGGGGAAGUGAGCGUGCUGUGCUGAGCAGGAACUUCGACGUGCUGAGCCGGGACACUGUUGCCAUCAGCGUCCGAGCCUCCACCCAGCAGACCUCGGUGAUUCCCCUGCUCAUGGCCCACCAGUUCCUCCGCGCGAGCAUCGAAGCCCAGGUGACCACGGCUGCUAUCAUCCUCGCUGGGGUUUAUGUGCUGAUCAUAUUUGAGAUUGUCCACAGAACGCUGGCGGCCAUCUUGGGGUCCCUGGCGGCAUUAGCGGCGCUGGCGGUGGUUGGUGAUAGACCCAGCCUGACCCAAGUGGUGCAGUGGAUUGAUUUCGAGACUCUGGCGCUGCUGUUUGGCAUGAUGAUCUUGGUGGCUGUGUUUUCUGAAACUGGAUUUUUCGAUUAUUGUGCUGUCAAGGCCUACCGACUAUCCCGGGGCAGGGUGUGGGCCAUGGUCAUCAUGCUGUGCCUCUUCGCGGCCAUCCUUUCUGCCUUCCUGGACAACGUCACCACAUCGCUCCUCUUCACUCCUGUGACUAUAAGGUUAUGUGAGGUCCUCAACCUGGACCCCAGACACGUCCUGGUUGCCGAGGUGAUCUUCACCAACAUCGGGGGUGCUGCCACUGCCAUCGGGGACCCACCAAACAUCAUCAUCAUUUCCAACCAGGAGCUGAGGAAGAUGGGCCUGGAUUUUGCAGGAUUCACAGCGCACAUGUUUGUGGGCAUUUGCUUCGUGCUCUUGUUCUCCUUCCCACUCCUCAGACUUCUCUAUCGGAACAAAAUGUUCUAUAACAAGGAGCCCAGUGACAUAGUCGAACUGAAGCAUGAGAUCUCUGUGUGGCGCCUGACCGCUCAGCGCAUCAGCCCGGCCAGCCGCGAGGAGACGGCCGUGCGGAGUCUGCUUCUGGAGAAAGUGCGAGUGCUGGAGCGCCUGCUGGCACGGAAGCUGCACACCUUCCACAGGCAGAUCUCACAGGAAGACAAAAACUGGGAGACAAAUAUCCAGGAGCUACAAAAAAAGCACCGAAUAUCCGACAGGGUCCUGCUUGCCAAGUGCCUGCUGGUCUUGGGGUUUGUCGUCUGUGUGUUCUUUCUCAACUCAUUUGUCCCUGGAGUUCAUCUGGAUCUGGGGUGGAUUGCUAUCCUGGGUGCCAUCUGGCUGUUGAUUUUAGCUGACAUCCGUGACUUCGAGAUCAUUCUGCACAGGGUGGAAUGGGCAACACUUCUGUUCUUUGCUGCACUCUUCGUUCUGAUGGAGGCCCUGGCACACCUGCACUUAAUAGAGUACAUUGGAGAGCAGACCGCGUUGCUAAUAAAGAUGGUUCCGGAGGGUCAGCGUCUGGCCGCUGCCAUCGUUCUGGUGGUCUGGGUGUCUGCCAUCGCCUCGUCCCUGAUUGACAACAUCCCCUUCACUGCCACCAUGGUCCCGGUGCUCCUGUCCCUGAGCCGAGACCCUGAAGUCAGCCUGCCUGCGCCCCCACUCAUGUACGCCCUGGCCAUGGGCGCCUGCCUGGGAGGAAACGGGACACUGAUCGGCGCGUCGGCCAAUGUGGUGUGUGCGGGCAUCGCAGAGCAGCAUGGCUACGGCUUCUCCUUCAUGGAAUUCUCCAGGCUGGGCUUCCCCAUGAUGGCUGUGUCCUGCCUGGUGGCAAUGUGCUACCUCCUCAUCGCUCACGUGGUACUGGACUGGAACUAGCAGCGUGUGCAGAGCAAAGACCUAG